UUUCACAAUAUGAUCUAAACGAUUCAAUUUAGGAUUUAUAUAUAUUAUCUCGACAUAAACAACUGUUGUUUCGAGUGUUUUUUUUCGAAUUCCUUUCCAUUCCCGGUAGAUAAGACUGCUGGGCAAACAAUACAUUGAUUGAUGAGACUGCAUCCGAGAAUCAUGGCGUCAAGGUCGUCCUAUAUUUAGGCAUUUUAUCUCAAAAAAAAAAGAAAAUUGUGAUAACUUACUGCUCGUAAUCGUUUCCUCGCGUUUCAAUUAUCCUCAGCAAUAAUUUCCCCUUGUGAUCAAUGUGUAUUUCACUUCACUUGCGGUAAAUGCAAGAUGAAAGCAUAGGAGAGGAGAUAAAAACACAAAACAUCAGCAGAAUGCGGCAUCCAAUACCUUCGAAAUGGGAGGAGGAGUAGGGCUAUUUUUAAAAGCAAACGCCGACCGAAAGCAGUCUUACAAAAUACUCUGGUAUACCUUCGGAGCAGGAGAGCACAUUCAUCCUGCUUCAAUCGAGAUGCGAGCAUCCAUCCAGAUCGGUUCGACUUGCAACGGUUCGCUUGAGAUCGCAAGCGUUGAAUACCCGUCCAUCUGAAUACCCGACAGUGGCGUAUGUUGUUUUGAUAGUGACUGUUGUGUUGUGCUUUACUUGAAGUGUAAUCCCUUCGUGUGUGAUCUGUCAACACAAAUCGAAAAGCUUUGAACAAAUGUGAACGUGAGAGCAAUCAGAUUAUGGCGCUAAAAGUGACGCGAAAAUGUAUAUUCUACACGGCGUUGGCGGUGAUAAUCGGAACUGCAGCACUCGCGAUAACAUUAGUGUUGCUUCUGCGAGACGACGAGGAGAUAAUGAAGCGUUACGAGUUUAGUAAUAGUGACUUGGUGAUACAGGUGCAGGAACAACCCGAUCAUCGAUAUAUUUUGAGUUUGAUAAGUGAUGGUAUACCGAUUCAGCGCAUCACAUUCGAUCACGACUUUACCGACGAUUCGGUGCUAGUAUCGACCGACCGAGGUAUCCGAUUGGAAGGCAACGGUCAACGAAUCGAGAUAACUGACAUCGAAGACACGGAUCAAUUUUCAUUCAUCAGUAUCACCCGAAAACUCCGCAAAGGACAAAUCAUUUCGGAUGUUGUUCAUACCGGGGAUCACGUUCGGGGAAAGGAGAUCCAAUGGUAUGGUGGACCGGAACAAAUGGAACAAUUAUAUCCGGUACAGAAGCUAAGAUUCGAAGAUUAUGCUUAUAUACCGAAAGAGCUACACAGUGCGGCUAUAUCGGAGAGGUACUGGUUGAACUCCGCGGGUGUGUUCCUAUACGUGGAAAAAGAGGUACCUCUGUUUAUAGAUCAGGAUGAGGCCACACUGAGAUUGACGGCUAAGAAAGAACUGCCAUACUAUUCGUACGAUGAGAUUUUUGAGUUCAACUAUCGCAUUGGGGUGGCCAAGAAUGCAAAAGAGGCACAUGUUAAGGCGGUGGAUAAGGUUUUGAAUCAACCAGUGGGGAUUCCCGAUGAACGAAUGGUUAGACACCCGAUCUGGUCCACUUGGGUAAGGUAUAGAAGACCGAUUAGUCAACAGACGGUGUUGGAUUUCGCUUCGGAAAUCAAAGAGCGUGGAUUUAAGAACGCUCAGCUGGAUAUCGAUGACUUCUGGGAAAGUUGCUAUGGAUCACUAGUGUUCGACUCAAUCUCUUUUCCGAACGUCACGGAACUGACGGAGCAGUUAAAAGAAAUGGGAUUUCGAGUAACCCUGUGGAUACAUCCAUUCAUCAAUAAGAACUGUCAGCCGUGGUACACAGAGGCACUGAGUAAAGGUUUCCUCGUCAAGUCCCACAAUGAAUCCAUUGGAUAUAACACCAAGUGGUGGAACAGCGUUGAAAAUGAAGCAUCCUACAUCAACUUCAACAACCCGGCCGCUGUUGAAUGGUUUCGGUUACGACUUAAAGAACUGCAAGAGCAAGGGAUCGACAGUUUCAAAUUUGAUGCCGGUGAACCGAGCUGGGCUCCUGCCGAUCCCGAUGUCGAGGGCUCGAAAGUCUUGUCUCCGACGAGCUUAACCACCAACUAUGUGCGUAUGUGUGCCGAGCUAGGUCCGAUGAUCGAAAUCCGAACCGGCUGGACGACCCAGGAUUUGCCGGUAUUUGUUAGGAUGAUUGAUCUGGACACACGUUGGGGAAUGAAUAACGGAUUGCAAUCGCUGAUUCCAACCAUGCUGCAGAUGAACCUCAACGGAUAUCCGUUCGUCCUGCCAGACAUGAUUGGGGGAAACGUCUACGGAGACGAUAUAUUGACGAAGGAACUUUUCGUCAGAUGGCUGCAGGCGAAUACAUUCAUGCCCAGUAUGCAGUUUUCGAAAACGCCGUGGGAUAUUGAUGAGGAGAGCAUUGAGUUGACUCGUGUUUUCACACAGCUGCACGAAGAUUAUUCUGACUAUAUUUUACAGCGCAUGAGAAUAACGGUCACUGAGGGAACUCCCGUGAACCCACCCAUCUGGUGGUUAGAUCCGGAUGACGAAGAGGCGUUGAAAAUCAGCGAUGAAUAUCUCCUCGGUGAGGACAUCCUGGUGGCACCGGUUUUAACUGAAUUUGCAACGACCCGUGAUGUGUACCUGCCAGGGGGCACUUGGCGAGACGGAAAUACCAAUCAUAUUUACGAGGGGGGCCAAUGGAUACGUAUGUAUCCGGCCCCAAUCAAUAUAUUGCCCUAUUUCAUCAAAAGCACGUUCCAAAUGAGGUAAAAUAUGUUACCAGUCGGGUAGUUAGCAUAUCCUAGUUGAUAGAGUGAUUUCUGUAUAUAAUGAUCAAUAAUGAAAAAUUGUUAAUAUUUUUUUCGAAAAAAAUAAAAAUAAAUAUUUAUUUUGUAUCUAA